AUGACUUCGUCUCCGCGGCGGCCCCGGCGGGUGCCCUCGCUGCUGUGGACCGUCCUGCUGGUCAGCGCUGCGGCCGCUUCUCAGAAUCAAGAACGUCUCUGUGCAUUUAAAGAUCCAUAUCAACAAGACCUUGGGAUAGGUGAAAGUAGAAUCUCUCAUGAAAACGGAACAAUAUUAUGCUCAAAAGGUAGCACCUGCUAUGGCCUUUGGGAGAAAUCAAAAGGGGACAUAAAUCUGGUAAAACAAGGAUGUUGGUCUCACAUUGGUGAUCCCCAGGAGUGUCACUAUGAAGAAUGUGUAGUAACUACUACCCCACCCUCAAUUCAGAAUGGAACAUACCGGUUCUGCUGCUGUAGCACAGACUUGUGUAACGUCAACUUUACUGAGAAUUUUCCACCUCCAGACACAACACCACUCAGUCCACCUCAUUCAUUUAACCGAGAUGAGACAAUAAUCAUUGCAUUGGCAUCAGUCUCUGUAUUAGCUGUUUUGAUAGUUGCCUUAUGCUUUGGAUAUAGGAUGCUGACAGGAGACCGCAAACAAGGUCUUCACAGUAUGAAUAUGAUGGAGGCAGCAGCAUCAGAGCCCUCUCUUGACCUCGAUAAUCUGAAACUGUUGGAGCUGAUUGGCCGGGGUCGAUAUGGAGCUGUAUAUAAAGGUUCCUUAGAUGAACGUCCAGUUGCUGUAAAAGUGUUUUCCUUUGCAAACCGUCAGAAUUUUAUCAAUGAGAAGAACAUUUACAGAGUGCCUUUGAUGGAACAUGACAACAUUGCUCGCUUUAUAGUUGGAGAUGAGAGAGUCACUGCAGAUGGACGCAUGGAGUAUUUGCUUGUGAUGGAGUAUUAUCCCAAUGGAUCUCUAUGCAAGUAUUUAAGUCUCCAUACAAGUGACUGGGUAAGCUCUUGCCGUCUGGCUCAUUCUGUGACUAGAGGAUUGGCUUAUCUUCAUACUGAAUUACCACGGGGAGAUCAUUAUAAACCUGCAAUUUCCCAUCGAGAUUUGAACAGCAGAAAUGUUCUGGUGAAAAAUGAUGGAACCUGCGUUAUUAGUGACUUUGGGUUGUCCAUGAAGCUGACUGGAAAUAGACUGGUGCGCCCAGGGGAGGAAGAUAAUGCAGCCAUAAGUGAGGUUGGCACAAUCAGAUAUAUGGCACCAGAAGUUCUGGAAGGAGCUGUGAACCUUAGGGACUGUGAAUCAGCUUUGAAACAAGUAGAUAUGUAUGCACUUGGACUAAUUUAUUGGGAGAUAUUUAUGAGAUGUACAGACCUCUUUCCAGGUGAAUCUGUACCAGAAUACCAGAUGGCUUUUCAGACAGAGGUUGGAAAUCAUCCCACUUUUGAAGAUAUGCAGGUUCUGGUGUCUAGGGAAAAACAGAGACCCAAGUUCCCAGAAGCUUGGAAAGAAAAUAGCCUGGCAGUGAGAUCACUUAAGGAGACAAUCGAAGACUGUUGGGACCAGGAUGCAGAGGCUCGGCUUACUGCGCAGUGUGCUGAAGAGAGGAUGGCUGAACUUAUGAUGAUAUGGGAAAGAAACAAGUCUGUGAGCCCAACAGUCAAUCCAAUGUCUACUGCUAUGCAGAAUGAGCGCAACCUGUCACACAACAGGCGUGUGCCAAAGAUUGGCCCUUAUCCAGAUUAUUCUUCUUCCUCAUACAUUGAAGAUUCUAUCCAUCACACUGACAGCAUUGUGAAGAACAUUUCCUCUGAGCAUUCGAUGUCCAGCACACCUUUGACUAUAGGGGAAAAGAACCGAAACUCAAUUAACUAUGAACGACAGCAAGCACAGGCUCGAAUCCCCAGCCCUGAAACAAGCGUCACCAGCUUGUCUACCAACACCACAACCACAAACACCACUGGCCUAACUCCAAGUACCGGCAUGACCACUAUAUCUGAGGUUCCAUACCCAGAUGAAACAAGUCUGCAUGCCACCAAUGUGUCACAGCCAGUCGGGCCAACUCCUGUCUGCUUACAACUGACCGAAGAAGACUUGGAGACCAACAAGCUGGACCCAAAAGAAGUCGAUAAAAACCUCAAGGAAAGUUCUGAUGAGAAUCUCAUGGAGCAUUCUCUUAAACAAUUCAGUGGGCCAGACCCACUGAGCAGUACCAGUUCUAGCUUGCUUUACCCACUUAUAAAGCUUGCAGUUGAAGUGACUGGGCAGCAGGACUUCACACAGGCUGCAAAUGGCCAAGCAUGUUUAAUUCCUGAUGUCCCACCCGCUCAGAUCUAUCCUCUCCCCAAGCAACAGAACCUUCCUAAGAGACCUACUAGUUUGCCUUUAAACACCAAAAAUUCAACAAAGGAGCCCAGGCUGAAAUUUGGCAGCAAGCACAAAUCAAACUUGAAACAAGUAGAAACUGGAGUUGCCAAGAUGAAUACAAUCAAUGCUGCAGAACCUCACAUAGUGACAGUCACUAUGAAUGGUGUGGCAGGUAGAAACCACAGCGUUAAUGUCCAUACUGCCACUACUCAGUAUGCCAAUGGGGUAGUACCAUCUGGCCAGACAGCUAACACAGCGGCACACAGAGCCCAAGAGAUGCUGCAGAAUCAAUUCAUUGGCGAGGACACUCGGCUGAACAUUAAUUCCAGUCCUGAUGAGCAUGAACCUUUACUGAGACGAGAGCAGCAGGCUGGCCAUGAUGAAGGUGUCCUGGAUCGUCUUGUGGACAGGAGAGAACGGCCCCUAGAAGGCGGCCGAACUAAUUCCAACAACAACAACAGCAAUCCAUGUUCCGAGCAAGAAGUUCUCACACAGGGUGUUCCAAGCACAGUAGCAGACCCUGGACCAUCAAAGCCUAGAAGAGCACAGAGGCCUAAUUCUCUGGAUCUUUCAGCCACCAAUGUCCUUGAUGGCAGCAGUUUGCAGUUAGGUGAGUCAACACAAGAUGGCAAAUCAGGAUCUGGUGAAAAGAUCAAGAAACGAGUGAAAACUCCCUAUUCUCUUAAGCGGUGGCGCCCCUCCACCUGGGUCAUUUCUACUGAACCACUGGACUGUGAGGUCAACAACAAUGGCAAAGACAGGGCAGUGCAUUCCAAAUCCAGCACCACUGUUUACCUUGCAGAUGGAGGCACCGCCACGACGAUGGUGUCUAAAGAUAAAGGGAUGAACUGUCUGUGA